AUGAAACAAAAACAGAAAAGCUUCGAGGCUCUGAAGGAGUGCGUGAGGCAGAAAAAUGCGAUUCGAAGACGAGAACCAGUACGGCGGCGCCCCUGUCUUUACCUUCCUCUUCCUAGCAUGCGUACCAUUCAAAACGUAAACCCUCCCUCCCGAAUUCGGUUGAAUCCGACGGCCCAGACAGUAGAUUGUGCUAAUAAAUUUAUUACGUUGACAUCUGUGAUGAUCGUUAAAGAUAAAUCAACGGUGGAGAGAGAUCCUGUCAUGAAAGCGGCAGUGACAAUAGAAUUUGUUCAGGCCCAUUGA